AUGCACAGAGCUUAUCAACCUAUAACUCCGGCGAACAACAAGCUCCUGAAGAAAAGAUGGGACAUGAGCAGAUACGAUACACACAGAAGAAAGGUUUGUUUUCUUUCAUCGUGUUUUACGCGGCAUGGCGCGCCGAUUGAGACUUUAGUGCGCCGUCAAAACUCAUCUGCUUGCCUGGCUCGUUUCCUAUUUUACCCUUUAUUUACAGGUGAUGUCAGCGAAAGCAGUUAUCGAUAAUAAACCUCCUCAGACCUACAUGCACUUACAUCUGAAACUAAAAAAGUUGCAGGUAUUGUAUGCUUGAAGAUUGUUUCUCACUAUUACUUAAACGUGUUGUUUGUUUCCAUCUAUUCAAGCCGCCUGCGGGCAAAGCCUCCUGUCUUAAUAGCUGUUGUGUCAAUAUGUAUAAACUCUUUGAGUGAGAAUGUAGUACUUUUCAAAAUCGAAUUAAGUUAUUGAAAUGAUUUCGAGAAUAAAUCAAGUCCUAAAUGAGAACAAGAUCUUUGGAUGAAAUCGUGAGUGAUCGGAUGAUAUGAAACAAAUUAGAUCAUUGCAGGCGCAGUUAAUCAGUUUUCUUUGGUCAAGAAACUGUGAAAUUAGCGGACGGCUGGAAGUUCAAAACUUAAUUCAGCCCAUCGAAAGUCUGCAAUAGAAUGAUCAUACUCUAUCAAUACACCUUUACAUCAUGUUUGUCCUGAAAAAGGUAAUAAUUUGGCUCUUGUGACUGUUCUUUCUCGACUGGGAUCUAAAAGCCUUGCAAUGAAACAAUUUUGAACUUUUUCCUUGUUUAUUCAACAUUCAUUUGCUAAUUAAAGCUGUGAAUAUGUUUCGCUGUUCUGUUCCAAGUUUACAUCGUCGCAAGGCGUUUUUGUCUUCAUUGAAUAUUUCUGACUGCUAGCUAUCUGAACAAAGAAUUUAGAGUUGCAAGAAUGUGAAAUCCUAUUAACAUCUUCCGACAAGUUAAAAAGCUGGAUUAUGUCGCAAAGUGGUGUAAGCGUUGUUAUUAGCGACCAUGUAUUAUUGAUGAAAAGUCUGCAUAUAUAGAUGCGUGUGCAUUUUAACAAUGGUUGAAAGAAGAAUGGUGAAAUUUAUUCCCGUGUGAAUUGAUGUUCUGUUAGGACACGUAACAUAUUAGGGGCCAACCAUUUGACUUUUGAGUGGGUAAGGGGGGGGGGGAAGGGGGGAUUUCAGAAAAAAAACAUCCCGCUGAACUUACAGGUCAAAUUCUGUAGUACCGUCAAGGAUUUUAUUGCUAAAAAAAUCUAGACUGAUUUAAAGAUAAAAUUGCCCUUUCAUUAUUCUUUAUUCAAAUUUCCAGUUUCCCUAUGCACAAAAUAAAUUUAGUGAUGAAAUGCAUUUUGAUUAUUUCUUACGAACUUAAGUUUAAAGUAGAAAAUUGGCAUUCCAUAGAAAACGGGACUUCGUACAAAGCGUGGCUGGCUUUAACCCUGUGUUGAAUGUAAGUAACCUCUGGGUUGCACUAAACUUCUUUAAGACAAGUGAGCUUAAGGCCUGGUUUCAAUCGGUGAUGGUGGUGAGAGUUGAGGUUGGGCUAAUCAGAAGCGUAGAGUGUUUAAGCUUAGAAAAAAAACACAAUAUGACUCUCCUUAUGACUCCUUUGCUUACUUUCAAGUGAAGUCUGAGUUGUUCAUAUGCAGUGGUGAAAGAAAUAAAUCAAACAAAAAUUCUGGGAACAAGCAUUUUGAUUGGUUAUCUUUCCCCAACUGCUUCUGACUUCAACAAUUUGGUUUCCAUUGGACCGUAAGCGAUGGAGAUGAAAGUGGAGUCGAAAGAAAAUGGAAACAUUCUGAUUCUUCCAACUUCGAUUCCCUUGUGCUAAUGACUCCAGUUAUGAACCGUUUUUUUUCUUUUCACGUGACAAGGUUAUAAGAACUCUUAUGACUCUGACUUUGUAGUCUUUGGGAGAAUGGAAAACAGCAACUAUCAUCAAAGUGAUGUACAAUGUAGUGUGAAGUGGUUCAGCGGUCUCUUGUCCAAACACCCAAGGGUCUGCUGGGAAACUAUCCUCUGCGCAUUUAAUUUUAUUGACUCUCUUGUGUCAGUUCUGGCAAAUUCAUGGUUUAUGAAGCCAUCAAACCCUAAAAUAAGCUUAUCAUUGCUAGCAUUUUGACUUUCAGCUGAGUACCUCAGUCUUCAUUUUUUAACUGAAAUCUCCAGUUUUUUUUUAAGGUACCCAAUAUGUUGACUUCAAUGUUUACAAUAGUGCUGACUUUACAGUCUUGUUUCCUUUGCAGGUUGAGGAAGAAAGGCUGGCCACUAUUGAACGAGACAACCGUAUACUGCUGGAAAAGAUGUCAUUUGUCAUGAGAACACGUGGAAGAGUUGACAACAGAAAUAAUCAUGAACCAAAAAGUUUAAACAAGACAAAACGACAGCGUGAACUCUUGAGGGUGACCCAUGAAAACCAGGUAAAUAAAGACAAUGAAGAAUCAAUAUAGACAAUGUGUGGUACCAGAAACAAUCCGUACUGUCUAGCCCCAUGAAAAGGCCCUGUUAGGUUAAAAUUCUGACAAGCGACAUGUCCUUGAAAGUGGAUGGACACAAACGACAUAAAGAUGUGUUAAAAACUAACAAGCGACAUGGCCAGCUCCUCAAAACAGGAAACAACCAUAUUUGAACCAUAUUCGGGGCUGCAUUUAAAAUUUUAAAGCAAAGUGUAGCUGUACGAGUUGUGGAAUUUUUCAGCAGGAUAGGGAUUCAAUAAAAAAACACCCUGUGGGGGAGUAUGGAUAUAUUCUGGAGCAACUUAUGAUUAAAUGACAGGUACAUUAUAAUGAGACUGUUUUUCUACUUGUUUUCGCUGCAGGCUAUUUUAAAGCGGAUUUCAUCAAAGGAGCCACAUUACAACCAUCUUCAAUGGGUAAGGAUGUGUUUCUUGUCAACUAUAAACAUUGAAAAACAUCAACAUUUUAUCAAGUAAUAAAAUUCUCUUCAUUGCACAGUAAUUUCUUGUGGUCCUGCUUGUAUGUUGUGCUGAUAAAAAGGUGGUUCUAACUUAAAAUUUGUAGGUAUGAUGUAAUCAAGUAUUACAUUUCAAAUAUUAGUACAGCAGAGCUUCUUUGUGGUCUUGUUUUUUAAGCUGUAAACCGUGGACCAGAGGUUUGAGUUUGGAUGUUAUACUUCAAAUGAAGGCUAUGGAACAGCACUUCUAAGCUGGGGCCCGGCCUGUUCAUAGUGACAUGCUGCUAUAAGGUGGCUCCAGCUGGCAAGAGUGGAAAAAUCCUAAGUUUUAACUAUUUAAAUGUAUUGAAGUACGCCGUUAGGUCUUUUGCCAUUACUUCCUAGUUUUACUAGUGCAUUUUGGUGACAGUUAGGUCUUUUGCCAUUACUACCUAGUUUUAUUGGUGCAUUUUGGUGACAAUUUGGGUUAAAUAAUGUUUUUUUUGUUCAUGUGCAUUUGCACUCAUUGUGAAAUAUUUCCCACAGGAGGAUGAAUGGCAAAUCAAUGAAACGUAUAUGGACAACAUUUCUAAAUAUCCUAAAGACUGGUACAAACAGCUGACAAGAAGAAGCAAGAAGAAGCCACUAGAAGAAGAGGUAGGCGAGAAAUCCAAGAGUGACAAGAGAAGGAGUUCAAAUCAGCAAGUCAAGCCAGCUAAGGACAAACAAGAAGCCUCAGAAAAUGGCGAUGGAGCAGAAGUCAACAAAUCAGAUGAAGACAAGGAAGCCAUAGCAGAAAAAGAUGCAUAAUUUAACAAAAAAAAUUAAAAGCGCAAUUGGACAACACAAAAAUUUUUUAUAAUGCCUACUAGAAAAGGCAAAUUUGUAUAUAAGAUUUUUUUAUAUCAGAAUGUGAUAAUUUAAGCUUCUACAUUAAAUUUAUUCUACAGAUUUUUUAUCUUUUUUUCUCAAUGUUUCCUGUUAAUGGGUAACAGAAAAGUACAAAUUUUCUUUGUGACUUGUUUUUCAUUUUUUAAUACACUUCUUAAUUGCCAUUUUCUUUAAACAGUGUGAAAGGUUUUGGAACUGGUGUGACCAGAGUGUGACUUUAAAACAUACCAAUGAAUAGGGCUAAAAGAGAAAUAAAGUGUGAACAAUCUUACCUGAAAUCUGUGCGAAUUUUAUUAUCUUUUGCAGAACAUGAAGGGCGAUCGGGUUAUUCAUCAGCUGAGACAGUUA